AUGAAUAGGGGAAGGGAAGGAAAAAUGGUGAGACUUCGCCGAUCCCCUUCGGGGCCCUUCCCCAGACUGUCUUGUCUUUACUUCUUCCUGACUGUCGGGUUCUCACCUUCAAGGGAUUUCUGGAUUGUUUUUCUACCUCGAGCUGACCUGGCUCUCUUCUACUCUUUCUUCUCUACUUAUUUCCCUGGCUACUGCCCUCAGGAAACUAUUUUGCUUUGCGCCUCUCCAUCAUCCUCGAAGCUUGUCCUACACUUGCAUUCUGCGCCUUCCGUUCCUCUAUACAUUUUGCGCGGAUCAAUUCAUCUGCUCCUCCCAUCCUCCUCCUUGUUGAUCAUCCUCGCGAAUCUUUUUUUCUCUCUCCCACCCCCUUCCAUUCUUCUGCUCCUCCCCACCUUCUAUCAUUCCAGUUCACCCGCGCAAUUCCCUUCUUGA